AUGCCUUACUCAACAAAUCUUGCUGUCGAGAACAGCGCAGCAUUGGACCACUUCAUCCAGAUGCCUGUCUCCCAGGACAUGAUCUCAUACCUCGCACAAAAAGCCAGCCAGGUCAUCCGCUGCGAACCAUCACUCAACAAGAACCUGCCACCCACACCACCAGCAUCACCCCCUCAGCAUGCUUCUCAGACUAGGGAAGCACCUCUCCCUUCCGUCGAAGAGUUUAUUACAUCCCUGGUUGAGCGAUCGCACGUCCAAGUACCUACUCUCAUGACAUCGUUGGUCUACCUCGCCCGGUUACGGUCUCGUCUGCCCCCAGUUGCAAAGGGCAUGAAGUGCACCACACACCGCAUCUUCCUUGCUGCUCUGAUUCUUGCUGCUAAGAACCUGAACGACUCCUCACCAAAGAACAAGCACUGGGCUCGGUACACCGCAGUCCGUGGCUACGAGGGAUUCGGUUUCUCAAUCACCGAGGUUAACCUGAUGGAAAAGCAAUUGCUCUUCCUCCUCGACUGGGAUCUCCGCAUCAACCCCGAGGACCUCCACUACCACCUUGAGCCCUUCCUGGCCACCCAUUUCGUGCUGAGAAGGCCAGACUUCGCUGAGCAAGGAGAAGGAAAUUCGCACGCCAGCAAUACCCAGCAGCUCACCGCAGAAAACCUUUACCACGCUCCCGCACCUUACUCCGCAUACGCUGCUCACUCUCAGCGACAACGCUUCCAAACAUCAUCUCGCGCCGCAUCACGAACACCAUCUCUCUCGCCACCCACCCGAAGCUCUUCUGUCUCCACUUCAUCCGACUCACCCAUGAGCUUCACCGAAGAACCCACAGAGGCCUUUGUGCAGCGCUACGACGCCGACCAAGGCCCCACUCUUGUACAUAUCCACGGCCCUGUAUCACAGUCCAAGAUCCACCUCCAGCACUCGCUCCCACUGUAUGACGACAAGCCAGCUAAGAAGACGAAGACAACGGGAGGUUUCUUCAACAGGAUGUUCGGCCAGACUGGCAACUACGCAGGUCGCCAAACAUCCUAUUAA